AUGUUCGCAACGGAGGGCGUUUCGCUUUACGAAGGGGCCAAGCUGGCCCUGUCGAAGUUCGCGCGACCGGCCUCCGCGGAUGGUUCUGUGAGCCUUUCUGGCAAACCGCCGGUGGACGCCAUGGAACACCUGAUAGGUAUGCUCAGUCUGGACUCACAGCCGGAAGCUAUCAUCUGCAAAUCCGAAAACGAACUUGUAGAGCUGGCAACUUCCACACCUUUGGUGAGGUUUCUCUGCGAAUUUGCCAGUAGCUUGAGAAAAGAAGAACCCUCACAGAUGGAUUUUCAAAUCCUUCAGACACGGUGUACCUUUGUGGCUUCAUUACCAGAUCGCGUGGCGAAUGCGCUGAUGAGCACAUUUGGGCCUAAAAACACUCUUGAACUGGAUGUUGAGCUUUUGGUAACACGCAUCUGUCAGUCACUGUGGCAGUUUUUGUUCGCACUACACGAGGCAGCGCCGAGGGAAACGGUGCACGUAUCAUCUAGCAUGAAUCGAUACGAGUUCACCAAGACGAAUGCUCUUCUUGUCUGUGAGGUGUUGAUAAAUUCUUUGCUCCGGCGUGGGCUUACUCAAACCCUUUUCCAGUGUUUCAUUGGCUCCCUAAAGGCGGCUUUGCCUUCUGUGAAUCCCUCCGAAGAGAUACUACCAUUUGUAUUUAAGGCUGUUUACAAGUCUUACGUUGGAAGUGGGGAAUUUCCAGACACGAGCAUGCGGAGUCUUGCGGUCGUUAAGCCGAACAUAGGUAGGUAUUGGUCAGACUGGAAUGUGUGGUGUUUGCGGGCGGCGGAAAGGAACUCUGCAUUGAAGCCACUUUUUAUAUCUUCAUUAACAAAAAUGAUUAACAUUCCAAGCAAUACGGCUGAAACUUCUAGUGACACAAUAGCCAUUUCAAAGGCUUUAGUGAAGGAGAUUUUUGUGACAGCAACUUCCUAUUUGCCUACUGAGCGGGCUGUGUUGCGCAUUAUUUUCAGAGAUCUUCUUCCGAGGCUCCUGCCGCAGCAUUCAGAGGAGGGAGAGGCAAAACUUCCGGAGAUCAAGAAGACUGUAUUCACGGAGCUGAUGCAAAGAUGGGGCAAUCGUGAUGUCAUUGAAAAGGAGUCCGUGAAACUGAAUACCACGUUGGCAAAUUCCGUUUUGUACACGCUGUUUGACAUCAAGGAAUACCACGUGAAGGAUGCAAAGGAGCACCUUCCCACUGUUUUGCUUCAGCCUCUGUUGGCUGGAAUUUCUGCCCGCUUUGAAAUUGUUCGAGCAGAUAGUUUGAGAAAUGAAGCCAUAACUGUGGCUUCGGCGUUUGCAACUUUUUUCGUUGGAGACGAUGAGGCGCGGAACGCGUUUUCAAAUCUGGAGCAGUUUCCAGGUCUUCUUAAUGAAUGGUUAAAGAGUGAGGUGGAGCCGACGAUGAUUGCCGAAGUGGCACUGCUUCCUCCGACAGAAGCCCAGCAGGGUGCUACCCACGGUAAAGAGAAGCCGCCCCUUUUCCGUCGUCGGGGCAUAGACGAUGAAGAAUAUCCGCUUAAUCCGGAUAGCCCCUUUACCUUUUUUUGUCGAAACGAUUCGGCAACGACGCGAAAAAAUGCUACUUCGGCGUCUGGGGGAACAGUGAUUUUUAAUCCAGCUUCAAUCGUGGAUCAUGCGAAUUUGCCAUCUUUUGGGCAAAUCUUCAAUGAGCAAGAUGAAUUGGAGGAGAACGUGAGAGUGCUUGUCACCCUGCGUGAGUCCUACAACGCCGUCAUGGGCGUAGGGCGGAGCAGUCAGGCCCAGGCCUACGAGGUUCAACAAGCGGUAGAAAGUGGACUUCGUGGGUUUGCCCGCGCCUUGCAGAGGCUCAAGAGCAAACUUGGCGUUUGGAAGCAACAGAACGUCAAUGGUGAGCUUCUACGGUCGCGCGAAAAGAUUGGGAGGGAGCUUAACCCAAUGAUUCCCUCGCUUCUUCCGGCACUGAUGUCGCUUACUAUUCAUGCCCCAGAGGCUCAACAUAAGGAGUUAAUGGAUCUUCGAUACGCAGUUAUGGUCUCGCUAAUUACUAUUGUUCCUGAGAAUGCAUUAAGUCAAAUUGGUAAAAUGUUGUAUUCAAGCCAUUAUGGCAUUUUUCAGCGUGUUGAAAUGGCCAAGGCCAUUGGUGAAGCAGCCAAGUAUAUCUCACAGAUCGAAGUACAUGUGAACUCGGAAAAAGAAGAAGCGGCCGCUCAGAAAGAUGAUGCUUGGAAGGAUCAAGGAAUAAGGAAACGAACUUACCCUCCCAUACGAAAGGAAAACGCAACACCAGUGUCGAUUGUAGUCUCUGAAGGAAAGGAGACUCGGCGGUGGGGAAAUGCCGUGGCAGAAAGAAUGGAUCGCAAAGAACGAAUUUAUUGUAGCUAUUUGACAGGUGUAGUCUCUUUUUUUGUAGGAGCUCUUUUAGAAAAAGCUGACAAUGAUCAUUUUUGUUUUUUUCGUGAACAUGACCCCUACGCACCAACGGAAAUACUUCGAAGCAUUGGUACAGUGGUACAAUGCAUGACUUCGGCUCGUCAUGUCGCACCCGCCCUUUGCGAAAAUCUCAUGACGUUUGCUAUACUUGUUGUAAGGGAACAUCCACUGUCAAUCGUGCGUAAGCAAGGGUGGGUUCUUAUUGGAGAAAUUAUGAGGUGCUGGUGUGGGGCAGGUCCGCUUUUUCCCAAAGAUAAUUAUUCCCUCAUGUCUCGUAGCGUUUUUGGAGGCUCGUUGUCAUAUGUCUUCUCGCAGCAGUGGUUAAAUGCUCAGCAGGCCUUGGAGGUUGUAUUCUCAAAAAGCAAAGGUGAUCCAAGUUGUGCGGAAAUCGCACUUUUGAUCCUUGCUGAUCUGCAUGACUUGUUUAUGUCAAAACAAGAUGUAGAGGCCAUGGAAGGCCGCGUGCUUAACACACAAAGAAUUUCCAUUACAGCUGAUACUAAAAAUGACGUCCGUUUCGUUUGA